UGCUUGUGUGACUGUCAUCCCAGCAGGAGGUAGUUAUCAGUUUUAGUUCGAGCAAAAGCCAUAACUAUGAGUGUUAAACUGCAGUAGCUUUUCCAUCUUAUCACUUAUACAAAGCACGUCUCGUUAUCACUUUGCAUGCAGCUUAUCGCUCAUUAGUCUGGUCGUUUACCUAGUUUGGUCAAAACAAAGCAAACUUUCGACAUACUUCAUAGGCAGCCAUUACGGUUUGGUGCAUUGAGAUUCACGUUAUACGGGCAUACGAGUUGCAUAGAUUACAUAAAAUCAACAAUUUAUUAUUGUUUCUGGCCUCUCAAUUGUGUUUACAAUUUAUUAUGAAGCAGUUUGAGCAUCUGGUGAAUACUAUUAGAAAUAUUUAAUUGUUGAUAUUUGUGAAUCAUCGAACUGAACCGACUGAGCUCGAUUUAUUCUGAGCAAACAUGAAACGAUAAACGAAACAAAACUACUGCCCUUCUGCUGCGCUCGGCGCAUCCUACCUGGAUUUCUGUUUUCUGUGCAGUUUUUUUGUUUUCUAUUCGCUUUGAAGUGAGAUAGAAACAUACCGAAGAAUAGUUGCAUUUACCUACCGCUCGGUUCGCUUUACCUUCUGAGUAAACCGGACCGCAUUUCAUUAGUCGACCAACCGUGUAGUUUGUAGGAUGUUGAUCUCUGGGUGCUACGGUAGUAAGUUGCUGCUAGCAGUGCUAAACAUUUUGAUACUGCUACAGAUUACUCCUGUUCAAUCUCAGCAGGAGGACUCUGAAGGAAGGCUGAUAUUCGCGCAUGUGCUAUUUCGUCAUGGUGAUCGCACUCCAAUAGAUCCCUAUCCAAAUGAUCCCUGGAAAGACCCGAAGCACUGGACUGCCGGAUGGGGACAAUUAACUAAUGCCGGCAAGCAUCGCCAUCUAGAACUGGGACGAUGGUUACGGAGCCGUUACCGCAGUCUUCUACAAGGAACAUACACUAACAACGAUAUCUACGUCCGCUCCACCGAUGUCGAUCGUACACUAAUGAGUGCCGAAUCAAACCUGGCUGGCCUGUACCCACCUAAUGGAUCCGAUAUCUGGGACUCCGAUAUUCAGUGGCAACCAAUUCCAAUCCACACGACUCCCGAAUCACUGGACGAAGUGCUUGCAGCGAAAAAAAAGUGCCCGGCGUAUGACUAUGCGCUUCGAAAAUUCAAGGAAUCUGAAACAUUCCAGCAGUACAAUAAAUCGCUGGAACAGAUUUAUCAGUACAUCGCUAUUCACUCAGGAAAAAAAAUUGACUCGCCAACCGCGGUGCAAAAUAUUUACAGCUGUUUACAUAUAGAAGAACUUAAUAACUUUACACUGCCAAACUGGACAAAGCAAGUCUACCCGGAGCCGAUUCGUUCCAUUUCCGCUCGGUCAUUUGCCACCAAAACUUCCACACCGCAGCUGGCACGUCUCAAAGCCGGUCCAAUAGUGAAAGAAAUUUUUCAGCGCUUUAAAGACAAAGUCAACAAACGAUUGAAACCCAAUCGUUCUCUCUGGAUUUACAGCGCUCACGAUACAACCGUAUCCAAUCUUUUGAAUACGUUACAGUUGUUCGAACUGCACAAUCCUCCGUUCGCAGCCUGUGUUAUGCUAGAACUUCGUCAAGCUAACGAAUCCGAUGAGGCGUACGUUUCUAUCUAUUAUAAGAACACAACCGCUGAACCUCAAGCUUUGAAAAUUCCAAACUGUGGUACCCGCUGUCCCCUUAGCCGUUUGUAUGAAGUCUACAGCGACAUUUUACCCGAUAACUGGCAACAUGAAUGUCAAGUUCCUUUCCUCUCGCUAACCUAUGUCGAGGCGGACAUGCAAUCCUCGAUCAGUCUGAUUGGUAUCAUGUUCCUCGCAACGGUGGCCAUCUUGUUGGUGCUGUUGGGGCUGAUGGCCUACCGGAAGCGUCGUGGUGGCUACCACAACGAUAAAUGGUACCUCCGAAUUGACGGAUAAUGACGGUGGAAAGACGACGCUGCACGCACUCUGGGCCGCAGAAUGCUGCUCGAGACAGCCGUCGUGGUAGACGAAAUAGAAAACAGCGCAGAGGUGGAUGUUUAAAACUUACAUCGGAGUCGAGAUUAUUGAAUGUAUUUCUGCUAACAUACCUUCCUCCACAACUUUAACCUGGUCUCGAUGCAACAACUGGUUUGUUAUAGACUAUUAUUAAUGUGCAAACUUUAUUCUCUAUUAAGUAAAUAAAGUAUAUACAUAUAAGUAAAUGUUGCCGUAUUCCGGACUUUAUCAAAUUGUUGCUCGUAAGAAGAAACCUGUAAGAUUUUAAAAUAAAUG